CGGAAACGUAAAUUAUUGACGUUAGCGUCAAGGAAGCGCCUAUCAAUAGAAAUAGAAGCAUUGAGAAGCGUGGACGAAAGACAACUAUGGGUUAUUUAUUUGCAAUUCGAAAUCUCUCUAUAGAGCCGAGUAUUAGAAUUAGACAGCUUCAGGAUCUGCAAGCACAAUAUGCUCAGGAGGCGAGAGGAAAAAUAUAUUAUGAGGUUCAGACUCCGCCAUUUGAGAAUACAUCUGUACCAGUCUUGAAAAUGGUGAAAUGCACGCCGACGGAGGAAGAAAAGCGAGUUUUGGACAACGGUUCUCCGCUCGCCAGCUAUCGGAUAGAUGACGAAAAGGAGAAUUCCAUUACUGCUCAAGGAACAAUGCCCUCAGUGGUGAACCAAUCAUAUGCGGCUGGCGACCAGAAAGGAACAGUCCGCAUAACAAUUACUGAUAAAGUUUUCGAUGUGAAAGAGUCCGCCAUCUUUGACCCGAUACUGACCAUAGGAGACAACUCUGUGACAGCUGCAAAGGUCAGCAAGAAGCAAAGUGUGGCGGCAAGGAUGGGCAAGUGGCUGAGGCGUUUGUUUUCUUGCACCAUGAAGCCUGAGCUCAUCAAUUGAUUGUGUUCAUUUUUGUCAAACAUUCCAAUUGUGUAUGGUUGAACGUCAAAACAUGUUUCUGGUUAAAUAAAUCAGCCGUUCAAACAGAA